AUGAGUACUGAUUUGCUGCCAAUAUCUUGUGUUUCGUGUAGGAGAAGGAAAAUUAAAUGCAACAAGAAAAAGCCCUGCGACCAAUGCACCAAAAGACAAUUAAUUUGUGAAUUUCCUCCUACUUUUAGAAAUAUAAAGAUCCUGGAAGAUGAAUUCAAAUCACAGCCACAAGAUUCAAAGAAGUUAGUCCCUGAUGGACCCAUAAGAUUACCAGAAGAUUCAACAACUGCUCCAACUAGUGUGACGAAUUCCGUUCUAUCGUCUGGCAGAAAUAAAUCUUCAUCAGAAGGAACUGAAUCAAGACCUUUAAGUUCAGAGAAUAAUUCAAUUUCAGAUUCUCAUUCUCCUGAAAAAGUUCAUAUGGCAUUAAGCAGUGGUAUAGAUUCAAGAUCAGAUUCUUCAAGUUCAACUGCAAAUCCCUUGAGAUUGUUUUCAUUUGAUAACCAUAAUAGUCAUCAUAAUCAUCAACCUCAUUCUCAACAUCAUCAACAACAACAACAAGAACAACAUCAACAUCAUCAUCAUAGCCACAACCUUCAUCAGCCACAAGCACAGCCACAAGCACCAUCACUACAACAACAACAGUCGCCACCACAUCUACAAGACCAAUCACAACAACAAUCACAACAACAAUCACAAGAACCACAUCAUCAACACGGAAGGCCCAAGUAUGACACAAUACAGUAUCUUGAACUACAAGAGAAAUAUGAAAUGAUGAGGGCAGCCAAUUCCCAAUUAUUAAAUGAUAAUAGAAAUUUAACUCAAAGGGUAAAAGAGCUAUUACAAAAUUCUAAUGUAUUGUCAUCUGAAAGGGGUGGAAAUAUCAGCCCUGACUUAGUUGACAGUAGUACAAGCACUAGUCUUGGUUCCAAAAGAGAAAAUGAUUCAAUAUCUGAUGAUUUCCCAAAUAAAAGAGAAAGAGUUGGUGUAUUUGGACACACUAAAGAAAGUUUCCCUAAAGAUUCUGCUAGUAAUAACUUGGGAAUUUAUUCUACCAAUAAACGACCAUCACAAGAUGAUAUACAUGAAGAUGAUGAGUAUAGAAAUAAUGAAGAAAUAAUUAAAGAAAUUUCUAGCACUUCUGCUGGAAGUACUACUAGUAGUGAAGAAGUUAGUCAUCGAGUUCCAUCAGAAUCCCAGUUCUUAUCAAGUGAUUCUAGAAUAUCACCACCAAGUUCAAGAAGACCAUUAAAGGGUACUAGAGGUAUACUUCAUUCUGAUCACAAUAGAAGAAAUCCACACCCACAAAUGACAAGUAAUCGAAUUGUUAAUGAUUGGGAAAGAGAUAUUGUUAGUCUUCAAGAUCAAGAAUUACUUAGAUCAAAUAUUCUAGUUGAAAAUAGUUUCAAAAAGAAAAAAUUACCUAUACUACCUUCAUACUUAUUAAAAUAUGAUGAUCCAAAUUUGAGUUCUGAUUCAGAUACUUAUGCUGAUGUAUUUAAAUUAAACUUUAAAGUUAUUAUGAGAUUGGUACAAGAAUUUUUUGAAAAAAGUCCGUAUUAUAGAACUUUCAUUCCUUGUGUGCAUGUUUUAGAGUUUUUGAAAAAAUAUGAAUCUAUUACUGACAGAGAUUGGAAUAAUGAUGAUGAUUUAUUAUUAGUUUAUAUGAUUUUAUGUUUAUCAAUUCAAAGAUUAAGUCCAAAAGAUUACGUUGAUUUGAAUUUAUUACCUGAUGCAUCAGUUAAUACUUGUACAAAAUACAGAAAGUAUCUUACACGUCAUGUUAUCUAUAAAAACUUUGAAAAAUUAAGAGAGAAUUUAGUACAUGAAUCAUUACAAACUAUCCGUGCUUAUAUCUUAUGUGUUGAAUGGUUAUUUAUGGAUCAAAAAUAUGAAGAUUGUUGGUCAAUGAUGUUUCACGCAUGUUCUGUCUCUUAUUCCAUUGGAUUACAUAUCGUAGGUCAGUACAAGACAGACGAAGCAAAAUCUAAUAAAAAUAUAUAUGCGUUAGCUAGUAACACCGAAGAUUCCGAUAAUAGUGAUAAAAAAUCCCCAGAUAUAUUUGAUGGUGAUAUUAGUAUUGAAAAUGACGAUAAUGCCGAUGUGUCAAGAUUUCGUCUUUGGUAUGCUUUGAAAUAUUAUACAUCCAUUAUAUGUGCAAUUUUUGGAAGACCAAAUCCAAUAUCCGUGCAAGUUUGCAUGAAUAAUAAUGAUAAUGGAGCUAUUGUUCCAAAUAAGAAGCUUCAUAUUUUGCUCAAGAUCGGAUCAGGAGAACUGUUGAGAUUAUCCAAUUUAAUGUUGAUUGAGAAUUACAUGAUUAAUAUAACAUUUGAUGAUUUGAUGAAAUUGGCUGCAAAAUUUACGAAAGAAAUUGAAUUAUUAGAAAAAGCAUGUAAAUGGUUUGAUGAUAAUACUGAUGAGACUGCACUGGAUUUAAGUAGUAGUCCCUCAGAUGCAGAUAACAGUAAUACUAAUAAUAGUAACAAUUCUAUCAAUAGUUUUAUGAAUCGAUUGGGUUAUGAUGAUUUUGCUAAACAUCCUUUAGCUCCUACACAAUUGGAUGUACUUUCAGAUACAAUCAUACUUUAUAUUAAUAAUGCUAAAUUGUUUGAACCAUUUAUUAAGAAAUUUGAAAACAAUAAGGAUUAUAAUAUAAUUGUUGCUAGUCAGAUUAACUCGUUGACCAAGUUCUUAGAAUUAUCUACAUUGUUUGUUGAAAGGUUUAUCAAGAAUUAUCUUGAGAAGCAUUUAUAUCGCAAUUCCAGCAAUGGGAAUACAUCAUCUUCAUCAGAUGAAGAAAGAGCAAAGAAUGAUCAAUCUAUUUUGCAUAGAUCACAAACCAAUACCACUACUAACUAUGGCCCUGUUAAAAUAGGAAGGUUGCUUAAGACAUACUAUCCAUUUUUGAAUUCAUUAGUAUGUCAAGGUAUAAUUGUAAUAUUUACAUUGUUGCAUUCAAAAUCAAAAGAAUUUGUUAAAAAUGACGAAUCUACAUUAUUGAAUAAUUCCUUCUUGAAAACAGUUGAGGAUAAUUUGAACAAGUUCUUGAAUUUUGAAUCUAGAAUGUCAACGAAAUUUAUUACAACUUCAAGAAUGUGGUCUUCUAAUAUGGUCUAUAUAAUCAAUCGAGUUUUAAAUUUAAUUAAACUCAUAUAUGAAAAACAAGAACAAAUUGUUCCAGACAAGGACCACCCUCUUCCCCAACAUCUAUACAACCAACAACAACAACAACAACCACUAGAUCAACAACUUCAUCAUAAUCAUAAUCAUCAUCAUCAUCACAAUCAUAAUUAUAAUCAUAAUCAACAACAACUUCAUCAUAAUCGUCAACAGCAAGCACAGGAACAUCAGCAAGAACAAUCUCUUAAAGACACAGGUAAUAAAACUAAUCCCCAAGAACAACAAGGGCAAGAACACAAUGAUUUCCCAAUAACCACAUCAAGAGGAAACCUUUCUUAUUUGUUAAAUCCAAAUCCAUUUGGAGAUCCAUCACAAUUUGAAUAUUUGAAUGGAUUCCAUUUGAAUGAUCCUUAUUGGUUAUCUGUUCCAGAUGAUUUGCCUUAUUAUUUGGGAUCACAAAUUGAAAUGGAUCAAUUUAAGAAUAAUCAAAGUAAAACUUCUGAUUCCUAUCAACAAGAAUAG